AUGAAAUUUCACAGCAGCUUAGAUUAUCUUUGCUUUGCUAAUAAAGUAUGGUUGCUCGACUGGACACCUUCUGAGGACUCUCGAGUCACGGGAUCUUUCAACCCCUACGCCAAAUGGAAGUUUCAGGAAACGUCAAUAAGUGACGCUAUAUUGGAUGGAUCGGAAGUGGGUAAAGCUAAAGCGUGCGAUGGUUUCUAUGUGCCUCAGCCUUGUACCAAAUUGCUCUCUUUUUUUCAGAACGUGGCAUGCGGACAAGCCUGGAUAGCCUCACGCUCCGUGGUGGCCAGCAGCCAUGACUUGGGCGUCGACCUCGAUACGUGCUGUCUCCUUCGUGACCGAUUCACCGCCUUCUGCAAAGACACAAACCAGGAUGGUCGCGCACGUGUAUCCGCUUUUUGCCAGCGCAGCGACCUUCUGAUCGAGGCGCUGGCCAAGUCGGCGUCUGAAGGGCGUCGCCAAAGCGCCCAACGACAGAGUCAUCGGGACCAACGAGGCCUGGGCACAGAGUCGCCUCUGCUGGCCGCGGACUCCUGCGACGACUUUGAUGAGGAGUUCGAGUCGGGCCGACGUCAGCUUCGCCAAGUCACGGGUCCUGUGGAGCCGAAAGAAGUGCUGGACGCCUCAGCAGAAGCGGCCCUGGCCAAAGACCGUGUUAACGAGGCCUGGGCCGACCUGCUUGAGCUGAUCGACACUAGGAUACAGCUUCUCAAGUCGGCCUCGGACAUGCACCGAUUCGUCAACAGUUGCCAGGUUGGGCCUCUGUCUGGCGUUUCUUGA